AUGUCUCUUUAUCGACCUCCCCGCGAGUUGAAAGACCUCAAAAUUGGAAUUCUUCCUGAAAUCUUCAUCACUAUUGCUGAACAUCUUGGCAAGGAGCUUGAAACGAAUCGGCCGAGAGGCUCGGCCAACAAUGGCGGUGCCCAUAUUGAUGAUUGGGACGAUGCCAGCAACGAUGAUAUGCUCCGCGAUUUGACGAACGGAGACGGCGGCAAGUACAUGUACCCCACCUCGUCCAUGCUGAAAGCGAGCAUGGUUAGCCGCUUUUACCGUGAGAAGAUUAUCCUCAUCGCUCUCCGAUGGGAUGCCGAGAGCGAAAACCCGAGAGCCCUCUACCACGCCGCGGCGAACAACCACAUAAACCUCGUCGGCCAAGCGCUAAUGCAAGAAAAGGCCAGACCAGACUAUGUGCCGUCCGGUCUUGCGCUGCCCAGGUUAACGCCCUUGAUGGUGGCUGCCUCGAAAGGUUACUUGGAGGUCGUCGAGCUACUUCUGGACAAUGGCGCAGACGCUGCUCACGAGUUUUAUUCGUCUGGCUCGGGAAACUUGCGAUCCGCCGGGCUCUUCUCUGAGAGCAACGACUCCAUGCUCGAGGAUCCCGAGGAGGUGGGUGCCGUGGACAUGGUAACACCCGUCCAUUGUGCCAUGUCGGCCAUUUCAAACGCCGAGGCCAUCACCGAAAGGAUCCUAGCCCGGGUUCCAGCCAUUUUCUUCGCAAAGGUAGCCGACCCGAAUGCCAAGCUUCUCGCCUUCGCCGUCGCUGCAGACCUAAUCGGCGUGAUCGAUCUGUUAGUGCACCACAACGCAGACUUUAACCACGGGGGAACCACGGUACACUCGCUAUCGAUCCCGGUCCUCCACCACGCCAUCUCUGGAAGAAUGGUUAGCAAGCUGCUCCAACGUGGAGCGAACCUGCACACACCGCUCGCUGUUGGACUCAAUGCUCUGCACGCUGUUUGCCUCCGCUCGACCGACUGCCACACCGCCAUCGAGGAGCUUGUCUCUCGCGGGGUUGCCGUCAACGAUGCCACAGCGGGCGGAGCACAGCGCGGCACUCUGGUUUACGCCCAUCCGCAUCUCAGGGAAAGGACCCCCCAAACUGCCCUGAACUUUGCCUGCAGGCGUAUCAAUCUUCCCCAUAUCAAAUCACUGAUGAAUCUAGGCGCCAACCCGCUUGGCGUGGCCUCUACAGCACCGCAGUGCCAGGACCUCGAGAACGGUGAGUUCUACAUGGUCACGCCGUUCCACAGUCUGUUUCUUCCGGACGACCUAUCCGAUAAUCUCAUCACAGGUAAGGAAACCACUUUGCGCGAAAGUCUCUACGGGGCCGUACAAACUCUUUUGGCACAUACUCUCGGCAGACGGGCGUUGUCGCUGAGACAAAACGUUGGCUUUGACACGCAGGAUGAAGGCUGUAAGAUAUCCCAGACGUUCUGGGUCGACCGCAGCGUCUUGGACGUUGAGGAAUACGGUGAGUUCACGCCGUUUCAACUGUUUUUCAUGCAGCCUCUGGUGGACGACGAGCGCAUCCCCGCCGCGAUGCUCGGCGCAGAUAACCAAGCCAUCCGGCAGCAGAUGAACGAAAUCACCGAGCCGUAUGGGGCUACGCCCCUCUUAUCUCUCUUGAGCCACCGGUUCGACAACCGAAUCGGCGAUGGCAGCUUUUACCGGCCCAAGCUCGUCGAGUGGCUCUUGAAAAACGGCGCCGACCCGAACAUUGCUGACAGGGAAGGCUUCACCCCUCUUCACUACGCCGUCUUCUGGCUCGACGAACAGGCCGUGAACAUGCUGCUGGCCUUUGGCGCCAGGAUCGAGAACCGCCCCGCAUCCUUGCCGACGCCCCUGGAGGUGGCCCUCGGCCGGGUCUACAGGGACGUCCACAUGCAGCACGACAGGCACGACAGCAUAUGGAAGCAGAUGGUUAGGCUGGUGGAGCGCAACGGCGAGAAUUGGAUGCGAGACAAGCUCGGCGUCCACUCUUGCAUCGAGCGCUGGCGGCCCGGCGGCUUGCUGCCCGUGUGCGCCCUCCCCGGAUUCGAGAUCAGAUUCAAGCGGGUCCUCCUGUGGGACAACGAGAGGUACGUCGCGGACCAGAACGCGGGAAUCCACGAGGAGUUGCGAGAGAGGGGUGUUGAGGUGGUGCUGCGGGAGCAGGCGCUCGGGCGCAAGAAGCACAUCUUUGAGACCCUCGUGCAGGCCAGCGGCACGCUCCCUCUGGCCGGUCCAGAGUGUAUCGAGCACGUUGGCACGGUCAAGAAGUACAGGUACAGCGUCUUGGACUGGGCGGUCGCGACUGGUCAAGACGAGCAUUUCCUCGGGCGCCUUUUGCAGCUCGGCGGCCGGGGGCUUUCGGGCAGCCAGUUCCCUCGCUUUUCGUACUGGACUUUUGCAUACCACCAGUCCAAAACGUGUUGGAAAUACUUCAAAGAGGUACUAUGCCCAAGCUGGGGGGUGUGA